AAACAAGUUGUUUGAGUUUCAUGCUUGCCCCACAAUUCGAUCGACCCUGACCCCAAGCUCGACCAUUUGACAAAAAACUAACAUAUUUCGAUCGACUACGUGUUACAGUACAAAAGGUUCAGAUCCUAGGCACACUUUUCGAACACGCCUUACAUUCUUUUUCAAACGCUCACACAUUUCCAUACCCAAAUUCUUUCGUAUACUGACCACUCGCUUACCAUUAACAAUCAUCACAUCAUCAUGCGUUACACCACUGCCACUAUUGCUCUCGCACUUGCUGCCGGCGCAGCUGCUGCUCCCCAGGGCGUUGUGUAUGUCACCAGCGUUGUCGAGCAGACUACUACUUGGUGCCCUGCUGGAGCCACCAUCACUCACGCAAGCGGUACCACCGUCCUCACUGCUGCCACCAUGAUGACUCUUCCCGUUGCUUCCCCAUCUGGAGCUGCCCCUGUAUCGUCUGCAUCCACCUUGGUCCCUACUACCGGCUCAUACGCGUCCGCACCCCUCUCAUCAGCUGUGGUGCUCUCGACUUCCUCCGUGGCCACCGGCGCUUCCAUCUCAUCAAUUCCUGUCUCAAGCCCAGUGUCGCCUGAGGAGGCAUCCAAUAUCCCUAUUGCAGUAGCAUCAAGCUCCAUUCCUGUCGCCUCGGUCGGAACCGCUACCCCUAUCGUCCCUGGUGCCGCCUAUGGCUCCUCUGCUCCUUACCCCGUUUCCUCGGCUACUGGCGUGGUUGGAUAUGCUCAGCCUUCGGGUGUCGCUGGUGAGUCUGGCGUUGCCCAGUCCUCCGGAGUCGCUGGCGCUACUGGCUCUUCAACAGCUGCCAACCCUUCUUCAACCUACACUGGCGCUGCUUCGCGCAACCUGGGAGGUGCAACCGGUAUUCUUGUCGUCGCUGCCGCCUUAGUUGCUCUCGCUUAGAUGCUUUGGGCGUCAUUGAUCACCUCCUGUCAAGCUGUGCUGGCAGAGAACCGGGAACCUUUUGUUUCACGCGAAUGAUACCAUCGAGAGCUGCUCGAGAGUGCAGCAACUUCCAUUGUUUCUUUCUACCGACAUGUUGAGAUGUUUCACUUCCUUAGCCUAGACGUUAACAGACUACGAAGUUUUUAUAGAGCUUAGCUACAAGGAUGCACAUUAUACUUAGAAGAGCCUUUUCGUUACUCGUGUCUACCUUCUAGCAUCUGGUCGGAAGCCAUCAGCUUCGAGUAUUUCGCUACCGCAGAAGAUGGUCUCGGAGUUUACAACCAUAAUUAUGUCAUUAGCUUGCUGCGGCGUC